UUAUUUACUAUUUCUCGUUUAUUUCGUCUUUUUCAUCCUAAUAUAUGAUUAUGCAAUGUAUAACUUUUUAUCGAUAAUAAGAAAUUUUUUUUUAAUUCUAACGAUAAUAUUAUUGAAUUUUUCCUUAGUAAAGACACAAAGUACAGAUAAUGUCGGUAUAAAGCCUGAAAUGCUUGAUGACCAUUCUAUUAUUAAUAUUACUGCUAUCGUUUUAGGUCAUGUCAAUUUAAUAGCUUGCGCUUUUGUUAUUUAUUCAGCAUUUAUGAAAUGGCGCGCAAGUUCUUUAUCAAUAUCAAGUCGAGUUCCUUUAUAUCUCAGCAUUUCAGACAUAUGCCAAUAUCCUAUUUUCAUACCGAAUUUUUUUCAUUCACUAAUUUAUCACGAUAUAAUUCCCGAAAUAACCUGUAAAGUACUCGCCUAUCUAUUAUUCCUUCAAAUAAAUUUUAAUAUGGUCUUAAUGAGUAGUAUUGCAUUCGUCACUUAUUUGAGAGUUGUAAAAAGCAAAGCAACAGAUCUUGGAAAAUAUGAUUGGAAAAUUUUUUCGUGGGUUAUCAUAUUGUCAUUAGUAUUAUCAAUUCCAUCAAUACCUUCUUUAGGGGCAUCAAAAUUUUGGUGUUUGACCACUACAACAAAUUCCACGAGUACAUUAAUAAUUGGCGUAUAUGCAGUAUUUACUAUAUCUUUCAUCAUAGCAUGUUAUUGUUAUUUUAAAACAUUACAAACAAUAUUUAAUGUCGAUCGAGAAGAAUUAUCAGAUUCUGCUGGUAGAAUCGAUAGACGAAAUAGAUUGGAAAGACAAGCUACAAGAAAAAUCUUACUUUAUGUUUUAAUAUUUAUGAAAUGGAUUCCUUUAUUACUAUUUGGUAUAUGUAUUAUGCUUGAAUAUGAGGAAGCUUUGUGGGUAGAUCUUUCUACAGUUAUUGCAUUUAACCUCGGAGGAAUGUGCAAUUGUGCUUUAUAUCUCAUGAACGAAUAUUCACAUAAUAAAUUAGUUACAUAUAACUUAGAAAUAGAGGAAGGCCAACAAGAAAGUAAUAAUCCACCUUCUCAAUUCAAUCAACCUUUCUUCCAGCAUCAACGAGCGAAUUCUAGUACAAAUUCUGUAACUCUUGUAACAUCCACUUCAACAAAUGAAGAUACCACUACUGAUAUAAUAGAUUUAAAACGAUUUGAUAGUAAUGAAAGAUAUAAAAUUGAUGAUGCUGGGAAUAAAGGGGACAAUAAAGUUUAUGAAGUUGAUAUGAAUGGUGGAGAAGAAAUUUCGAAUUUAUAAAAAAUUAUAAGUGUUUUUUUUUAUUAAUUAAUUAAUUAAUUUUUUAUUAUUAUUAUUUUUUUU